CCAGUGGCUGCAUUGUGUAAGUACGGGCCCCAGGUGUGAUAAUUAGAUGUGGAAUAGGCUGCGUUGAUGUUCACGCAGAUGCCUUCACGCGGAAGGCCGACUUCAGUUUCAAAGAAAGAGAAACACUGACAGAGAGAAUUGGCCGUUUGAUGUGUUCUGUUGGAUUUAGAUUAAUAAUGUCUUCAAUGCGAGUAGCGGUCCGAGUCCGUCCAUUGAACAAAAGAGAAAAGCAGUUAUCGUCGAAGGUGAUAAUUCACAUGAAGGAGAACUCUACAUCUAUUCACAAGCCAUCUAUUCGAGGAGACGAGCUGAAGGACAGAGAGAAGACUUUUUCUUAUGACUUCUCAUAUGAUUCAACUGACCCAGAAAGACCCACAUUUAUAUCCCAGGAGAGGAUUUUUCAUGACUUGGGGUCUGAUGUCAUGAAAGCUGCAUUUGAUGGUUUCAAUGCCUGCCUGUUUUCCUAUGGCCAAACAGGCUCAGGAAAAUCUUACACCAUGAUGGGUCACGCAGUAAGGCCUUCUCUCACCUUUCUCAGCACUGCUACUAAGGAAGAUAAAGGUUUAAUCCCACGGAUCUGUGAAGGCUUAUUCUGCGAGAUAUCUCGUAGAGGCAAGAGUGAUGCCGUGUCAUUCUGUACAGAGGUCAGCUAUUUGGAGAUCUAUAAUGAUUGUGUGCAGGACCUUCUUAAGAAGAGAACUACGCCAAUAUAUGGAGGCUUGAGAGUAAGGGAGCACCCCAGGGAUGGACCCUAUGUAGAGAAUCUGUCCAAGCACUUGGUAAACAACCACAGUGACAUGGAGGACCUGAUCAUGCUUGGCAAUACCAACCGCACCACAGCCAGCACGGGCAUGAAUGACCUCAGCAGCCGCUCCCACGCUAUCUUUACCAUCAUGUUCACCCAGGCGUGGUUUGAUGCGGAGUUACCACGUGAGACGUUGAGUAAGAUCCACCUGGUGGACCUAGCAGGCAGCGAGAGAGCAGAAGCCACGCGGAACACAGGCACCAGGCUGAAGGAAGGUGCCAACAUCAACAGAUCCCUGGUCACCCUGGGCAGUGUGAUCUCAGCGCUGGCUGAUCUCAGAGUGGGAGGACAGUCAACAAAAAAGAAGAUCUUUAUUCCUUACAGGGACUCUGUGCUGACAUGGCUGCUGAAAGACAGCCUGGGUGGAAACUCUGUGACUACUAUGAUAGCAAUCUUUUUGUUUUUCAUGUUUUAUCUCACCACUGCUCAUCAACCUGUGUGCUUUCCUCCCUGGUGGCCUCUCGUGGCAGCCGUCUCACCUGCUGAUGUGAACUACAUGGAGACCCUAAGCACGUUGCGCUACGCCAGCCGAGCUAAAAACAUAGUGAACUCUCCCACGGUGAACGAAGACGGCAGCGUGAAGGUGAUCAGAGAGCUUCAGGCAGAGGUUUCCAGGCUCAGAAGGCUGCUAGAAGAAGCCAAUCAGGUAUCCCAUGGGGAGUCAUCUUCCUCAUUGAAGGUAGAGGAGGAGCUGCAUCAGAAUGAGGCAAGGGUCCUAGCACUGACCAAGGAGUGGACCAGCAAAUGGGGCGAGACUCGAUGUAUUUUGCAGGAGGAGACUGUGGCUCUGAGGAAGCAGGGGAGUGGAGUGAUCCUGGACUGCCAUUUACCUCAUCUGAUCGGCAUCGAUGAAGACAUGUUCAGCCCUGCAGUUGUCCUGUAUUAUUUAAAAGAGGGCAGAACUCUGAUCGGGAGUGAUGAAGCAUCAUGCAGUCAGGAUAUUGUGCUUCAUGGGCCUGGGCUCCUCAGUGAACAUUGUGUGCUUGAGAACAGUGCUGGGACUGUGACGCUGAUCCCUCAGGAUGGUGCACUGUGUUCAGUCAAUGGCACUGUGGUAACUGAUCCCUGCCAGCUGACUCAGGGUGCCGUCACACAGCUAGGAAGAGGAACCAUACUCCGGUUUAACCACCCGACUGAAGCUGCCCAGCUUAGAGAGAAACGUCAGAGCGGGCUGCCGUCUGCCUUCAACCUGACCUUGACUGACAUGUCCAACUCUACUGAGAAUCUGUCCAAGGUGAAGCUGCAAAACCAAGGGAGGAUAGAAAAGAAGCUCAACCAGCAGGAGGUGGAAUGGCAGCAGGUCCAAGAAAAUCUGAACAGACGCAACCAGGACAUCAAAAGACUUUCAAAGGAAAACAGUAGGGCUCCCCAUCAACAGCGAGCAGAAAAGAAGACAACGGGGGCAGAGAAGGAAGAAACAGGCAAUGGCCAGAUGGAUGAGCAGUCUGCAGAGACAGCCGAGUCCACAGUGCCAAGCAGCUGUCUUGCCUCUUCCACAAUAGAGAAGCUCAUGGUUACCGUCAUACCUGAAAUAUAUCCUGUCCAUCACAUUAGUUUUGACUUGGAUGGAGACUCACUACAGGGUGGGAUAAGCACCAGGGAUGGCCACGAGCAGGAGAGGGACUCGUGUCAUAAAUCAGGGCCGGGGCUCAUGUCUGAGUGGCCACGGAGGAAAGCUCAGAGCGGGGCUGGAGUUGCAAGUUCUAAGAGCGAUGAGGUUUGGUCAGGGGAUGCCAGCCUCCAGCAGACAAGUGUCCUGGGUCCGGGUGAUGGAUGUGGCACGAAGCCAGAGGGGAAUGCUAACAAGAUCAAAGGCGUCGUGGCUGACUGCUACAAGGAGAGACCUGACUCUGGUGGGAGCUCAUUAAGCAGCAUGUCCCACCUGCAGAGCAGCAGAGGAACUAUCUCGAUGUCUGUCCUCCCACAGACCAGCGCUCAUCUGCAGCUCGACAUAAAGCCUCUCAGCAGUCGGGCAGCCUGCUGUCCACCUGAGGAAACUACCUUCGAGGGCCAGUUUGGCUGUGGAGAGAUGGAUGAAUCUGGGGGUUUGGAGGAGAUCCUGGCAGUGUGUGAGACAGAGACUGCAGCAGCCAUAGUUCAACGCUCAGGGCUGGGAUCUUUUGUCUACAGAGUUUCUUUGUUUGCUCAGGAUGCAGGGCGUCUCCUUUGGAGCUCCCCCACAGUAUUGCAGCAAGUCAGGGAAAAGGGACUUCAGCAUGUUGGGGCCCGCUGGUCAAGUCAUGUUGUCUCUCUAGUCAGGGAGAGUAAUGUUCUGUCUGCAGUGAAGGACAGCAAGGUCUUCUCUCUGGUAAGGGAUAGUCACAUUUUUUCCCUGGUGAAAGCUCUUCCUCUCAUACAACACAUCCAGAUGGAUAUUACUCAACACCUUCAGCCUGAGGAGGCAUUUCAGAUGAUUCAGGGCUGCAUUAAUCCUGACACCGCACAAACCUUUGACAAUGCAGAAGAAUUGCAAAACGACAUUCCGCUGAUUCCAGAAGAUAUCUUGACAAGGAAUAAGAGUAUUGAGGAUCUGCAGUUACCAGAAGAGCAAGACAUGUCUGAAAUUGAUGUAAAACAAGGAUACACACUGAUUACAGGGCUGUUACCAGUAAAGCAUAUCAGUCAGCCAGAGGUUACCCAUGCACCUGAAGACAAAGAUCAGGCAUUGGAGAACUCAAGGACUGUGCACAACAAAAACAAUGUCAACAUGUUUUGUCAAACGGUCAUCUCCACCUCACUGCGCACCUCUCAGAAGAUUUUAGCUCUCUAUUGGCUGAAUGUUGCUAAAUGCAGCCAACCUGAGCCCCGUCCUGCCCUCCUGAUCCUAGCAGAGACUGGCCUCUUCACCAUGACCUCCGACUCUGGGCGCCUGGUUUUGUUCCAUCACCUCCCCUUGUUGCAGCUGAAAGAGGUGCAGAUAGGCUUAGCAGGCCACAGUCUGCGUUUGAUGGGCACUACAGAGGAGAGCAUCCUGGGAGUCUACACCCACAGCCAGCAGCUUACCAAAAAGCUGUGCUCGGCCAUACUUGGUGUCAUCUGCCCUAGGGACAACAGGGUCUCUCGGCACCCACUGCUCCAUGGAGACUUGAUGAAGUUGUCUUUAGACUGGCAGGCCUGUGUACCUGACCUGCUGCUGGAUGCUGGUUUAAAGGUUUGCUGCCAGUUUCAGAAAAGUCUUGCUGAUCUGGUUUACUUUCUUUAUUGUAAUAUGGAUGAUGAGACCGUAACUCUGGGAGACGUGCAGAUACUACUCUACACAGGUGUAGGGGUGAGCAUCAGUCCCAGUACCCUCACUGAACCUCUGGCCCAGCUUUUACUCACUGACACCCACCUUGGCCUCGUGCAGGAGGAUGCUGUCUUUUACCCGACUCUACGCACUGUAACGAUAGUGCCCCGCCGUCCCCAAUUCAAUGACUUAACUCUCCGUCAGCGCUCAGACGUGCGCUGCGUGCUGGUGCAUGAUGAAGACGAGCACGGUGCUGUCAGUCUGGAUGUAAUCUUGGCAAAUGUGAGGGGCAGGGGUCACCCUGAAAGCGUGACUAAGGCAGCUACCCCGUCUGCACAAGCUUCAAAUUCAUCUCCGCAUGCAGAAGUGUGGAAAUUAACUUUCAGUUGCUCCUCUGAGGCCGCUUUCCUGAUUAAGCACUUGUCAAAUGUCUGAUCAAGGACUGAACAGGCAGUAAUGAACAGCCCAGCUUGAAAACUCUCACUCACAGGGAGCAAAAGUGCAUCCCAACCAGACAACGCAAAGGACAGCUUCACUGGUAAAUGACAGUGGAAAACUAUGACCUAUUUUGAAGUUUCCGUAUUGAUUUGUUUUUGGAGAAGUUUUUGUCAUUUUAAUAAUGCAUGGCUUUAGCACUUUUAUCUUUAAAGCCCUUGAAUUUCUUUCUUGUAUUGUUUUUCUUCUUUAACCAUUAGCCCCCGUUAUUAUUUUUGACUAAGAGGUUGUCAGUUUAAUGUGGGAUGUUUUAAAUAAUUAGUUCAACAUAGAGGAUUAAAAACAUGUUUGUACCGGUUUCGUUUGUUUCAUGGGCAUUGUAACAUUUCUUUUUUUUUAUAUUUUAUAUUAAAAGUCGAAUCAAAUUAUCUCCGUCAUGUUUACUUGAAUGAUAUAUGUAUGUCAAGCUGUUGCCAAAUAAAAUAUAUUACAUAAAUAAAUAUUUUAUAUUAA